CCCCUCAGUCCGAGGUUUGAACCUGUCCAAACACUAGCCGCUCCCCACACAUUUGCAUGAGGAAAGGCCAAUCACGGACCAGGGGCGGACCUUCUGUCCAGAUAAACCAGCUCCCGGUGGUAUGGAAAGCCUCUUUCCCCUCCACGGAAGACUCCUCCCUGCGUGAGCAGAAAGGAAAGCCCGCGCGGCCUGAGGCAGCAGGGAGCGGAGCAGAGCUGUCUCGGGCAGGGCCUGGCCCAGGGCUGCCUCACAGCUGGGCUGUGUCACUACUGGGCUGUUUUGCACUGACCGUUUUCCUCCUCUGUUGUACCCCAAAGUGGGGAUUGCUGCGGUCGACGGUGCCAAGGACCCCCACCAUUGAUUGCCAUGCCGCUGGUGCUCCUGUCGACCUGGGGGGUGAGGGCUGCUCCUGCUGGCACGGGUGGGCUCGAGGCUGCAGGGAGCAGGACAGGAGAGCCUGCCUGUCCUGGGCACCGUUGUCCAUGGGGUGGGAGCGGGCAGACAGAGCCCAGCACCUGGCUCGUUACUGUUGCAAAUGCCGCUUCUGUUAAGGCCGCUUUCGUGUUCUCUGUCGUCUCUUCCCCAGAUGUCCUCGGGGGAACGGUCACAUUUUUACCUUUGGAAGAAGAUGACCAAGGCAGUUUGAAGGUUCAGAUGAGCAACGUGUAUCAGAUUCAGCUCCGCCGUGGCCGUGAAGAAUGGUUCAUAUCUGUUUUGAUUUUCUGUCCAGAAAGAUGGCAGUCGGAUGGGACUGUGUAUCCCAAACCCGCCUGGCUUGGGCGCGAGCUGCCGGCCAGGCUGGCCCGGUGGUCUGUGGCGAGCGGGAGCAGUGGCUUCAAAAGCACCCUGUCCCUCCUCCCCAUCCUCAAGUACAGCCACACCCACCAGGAGCUCAAAGACAAGUACAAGCACAUGGUCCAGGUGUGGCCUGAAGUGACUGAUCCUGAGAAGUUCGUGUAUGAAGACGUGGCUAUUGCUGCCUACCUGCUGGUCCUAUGGGAAGAAGAGCGAGCCGCACGGGGCGUGACAGCUAAGCAGUCCUUUGUGGACCUGGGCUGCGGAAAUGGCCUCCUGGCGCACAUCCUGAGCGAGGCGGGGCAUCCAGGCAGAGGGGUUGAUGUCCGAAGAAGGAAGAUCUGGGACGCGUAUGGGCCGCAGACGCGCUUAGAGGAAGCUGCCAUCACACCGAGUGACGAGACCCUCUUCCCUGACGCUGAUUGGCUAAUCGGGAACCACUCCGAUGAGCUGACCCCGUGGAUCCCUGUCAUCGCGGCCAGGUCCUCCUACCGCUGCCGUUUCUUUGUCCUCCCCUGCUGCUUCUUCGACUUCGUUGGAAGGUACCGCCGGCGGCAGAGUGAGAAGACGCAGUACCGGGAGUACCUGGAUUUCAUCCGGGAGGUGGGGUCGGCCUGCGGCUUCCACGUAGAGGAGGACUGCCUGCGGAUCCCUUCCACCAAGCGCGUGUGCCUCCUGGGGAGAUCCAGGACCUACCCGAGUGCUGCAGAAGCCGCCAUCGACCAGCAGAGGACCCAGUACAUCAGCCGCCGCCAGGCCCUGGAGGCUGGGGCCGAGGGACGCUGGCUGCCUGAGUUUCACCCCCGGGACAGAGCUGAGCGCGUGAGGAACUGCACCGCCCUCCCGAGGGAGUUCGUGGACCAGGUGGUUUUGCAAGUGGCAAACCUGUUGUUGGGUGGAGAGCAGUUAAGCCCAGGACAUCCUCGCCGCGGGAGUCCGCAGACCUGGAACCGAGGAGCGAGCCUUUCCCUGGCGGAGGUCGCGGGCCAGCUGGAUCGGGAGACCCUGAGGAGGCUGAAGCGGGAGUGCGGCGGCCUGCAGACGCUGCUGCGGAACAACCACCAGGUAAACUCCCCAAAGCCACCUGCCCCGCCCAUUCUGAACGGGCGAGUGCGCUUUCGAGACUGGAGGGAAGAGAAGCUGCAGGAGGAGAAGCAACCGGAAGCCAAGCGCAGGCUGCUGUCCACAGCGCUCAAAACCCGCCUCUGCUGGUUCUUCUCACACCACCCCGAUGGCUGCGCUCUGCCUGCAGACUGCUGCCCCUUUGCCCACGGGCCUGGGGAGCUGCGGCCGCCCCCCGCCUCCAAGAGGAAGAAGCAGCUUCUGUGAGCCUCAGGCUCAGGGCGUCCUGCCCGCUCCUCUGCCCCCUCCUCUGCCCCCAGGGGACCUGCCUCCUCUGCCCCCAGGGGUCCUGCCCUCCUCUGCCCUGCAGUUCCAGGGCUGGCGGUGCUCAAGCCACUUGCCUGCUGAUGGGCGGGCAUCACGCUCCAGGGACAGAAGCUGGAGCAGCUGAAGGCCCUCGGGCCCCACCCCCACCCAGGUCUGGGCUCGUGUUAACUGAGGGAGCUGACAGGCAGCGCCUUUUGUCCGAGUGUGAGGGUCUUCAGCGUCUUGGGGGUCAGGAGACGGAGGAAGUGCUCGAGCCGGCUCUUCGGGCACCGCCCAGCCCGGGGUCCCCGUGUGUGACGGCAGGGUCACCCGGAAGUGCCCACUGCCCCCGGAGACCCCUGGGGACCAGCGGCCGGGGAGCCGCCCUCUCCUGCCCUGCGGCGUCUUGCCAAGUACGGACACUUCUUUUGACUCCAGGGGAAAGUCCUCACGUGUUUCUAUUAAAUUAUUUUUACAGUUUUACACACAA